GAUUGUUUAUUGUUCGUCAGACACCUCAAACAUUAUAUAGACAGCCUCAGAUAGAGACGGUUGAUUCAAAUAUAAUGAUGAAAAGUCUGAACUUUAAUAAGUGAAUAACCUGUUUUUUAUGUCCUUUACGGUUACUUACUGAAAUGGUAGAAGAACAGUGAAAUUAUAAUAUAUGCGUAUUUUAUGUUAAAUUGUUAUCGAUCCCAAAACCUAAUGGAAUAAAGCUGGCGACUUCGCCGACUGCGACAAUGAGAACGAAAACUUCUAUAUUUGUUAUGGUCUGCUGGCUAAGUUUGGUGCCAAUAGAAGCUUGUCAAGUAACUCAACUCGAGUGCAGAAUAAAUAUGAUUUGCACAGACGACAUCACCUUUGGAGAGCCAAAUAACAAACAAUUGUGUCAACCAUUCCAACACCGAGGUUAUUAUAAUGGUUAUGACUAUGGCCAACGUGAUUAUGACGCAUAUAGAGGAUUCUCUUAUGACUUGAGUUAUAACGGACCCAGCUCUAAUUUACACCUACUAAACUCUAACCAAUUAACUAAGAUACAAAAGUUAAAUUUACACGACAGCAUGUAUGAUUCAAUACCUGAUAUUAUACUUAAAAUGGAGAAUUUAAAAUACCUUAUUUUAAAUCGGAAUGCGUUAACGCAAGCUGAUUUUUCAAACUUAAGGAAUCUAAAUUAUCUUGAAAAGCUUGACUUGUCUAACAAUCUAAUAGACAGUAUUUCAGGCAGCUCAAAACUUGCUUUUAACAAUUUGAAAUUCUUAAAUAUGUCCUACAACUCGCUGAACAAUUUGCCAAAAGAUAUGUUUCAUGCAUUUCCUGAGUUAUUUUCUCUUGACCUAUCAUACAAUGAAAUAAAUUCCCUCGAUUUCAUGUCUUUUAAUGGUAUAAAACAUCUUAAGUACCUUAAUUUGACGCACAAUAAAAUUUUCGACCUAAAUUUAUCUCUUUUAAGAAUUGGUGACAUUGAGGAACUUGAUCUUUCAUAUAAUAAAAUGAUUAACAUAAACGCACAUGAAUUCAAAAUGUUUGUAAAUUUAAAUGUUUUAGACCUUAGUCAUAAUUUAAUAGUUAGUAUCGAUCCGGACGCCUUUAAAACAAUGCACUCUCUGUCAAGCUUGGACUUAAGCUACAAUAAUAUGGAGGCAUUGGAUAAAUAUCUAUUUAAAAAUCUAUCCCUCUUACAAAAAGUUGAUUUGUCUUAUAAUCAAAUUACAGAAAUUUAUCCUAAUACGUUCAAGGACAAUAAUAUUUCUUUUAUUUCUUUAACAAAUAAUAAUUUGAAUGGUUCUAUUUUAAAAUACACGUUUCAGGGCCUUUCAAAAAUAACUGAAUUAGACUUAAGUUUUCAAGGCUUAACAACUUUGGAUGAUUAUGCAUUUAUUGGGUUAGAUAUUCUUCGUACACUUUUGUUAAAUAAUAAUGAGUUGCAAAAUCUACCUUCGAAAUGUUUUCAAGGACUUGAUAAUUUAAACCAAUUGGAUUUAUCUAAUAAUAAGUUAGUAAAUAUAAAUUUUGAAUCUUCGCUCUUAACGCAGUUAUAUUCUUUAGAUUUAUCAAAUAAUGAUAUUACACACAUAUCAACUGGUGAUUUCACUAGUUUGACAUCUCUAGAAUAUCUUAACUUAUCAAAUAACAGUGUUAGUAAUCUCAAGUCUAACUCAUUUGAAAAUCUUUUUAACCUAGUUAAUUUAAAUAUUUCUGGAAAUCGACUAAAUGGGUCUUUACACAAAAAUACGUUCGUUGGUUUGAGUUCCCUGCCUAGUCUAGAUAUUUCAAAAAAUAUGUUAAAAAGUGUUGAAAACGGCUCGUUUAGUGGUAUGGAUCACUUAAAUGAUUUGAAAUUAUCGUAUGGUAAUAUAAAUGAAAUUCAGUAUAAUGCAUUUAUUGAUAUUUAUAAUAUAACGUAUCUCGAUUUGUCUUACAAUCAAAUUGAGGUUUUUGUUGUGAAUACUACCAGCUUAGAAAAUGUACAAGAAUUUAUUUUACAUAAUAAUUUAUUGACUGUUAUCUCAUUUGAAAGAAUGUAUGGACUGAAAAAGGUGAUUUUAUCUAACAAUAAAAUGAAAAAUAUGUCUAUUAAAACAUUCAAAGAUCAAAAAUAUCUCCAACACUUAGAUUUAUCUCAGAAUGGAAACCUUACAUUUGAUUUUCCUAUAAUACAAAAUCAGAACCGUAUUAAUAAGUUGAUUUUGUCAGGUAUAAUCAAUAAAUUAGUAUUUACAGAUUUUAUAAAUAAUAACAUCGAGCAGUUAGAUUUUUCGAACAACAAUUUAUCUAAUGUUACACUUAUGGAUUUUCAACAUUUAGGACAUUUAAAAACUCUAAAUUUGACUCGGAAUACGAUAGAAACAAUUCAAUCUGGUGAUUUUGUUGGGUUGAAAAAAAUAAGAGAUCUUGUUUUAAGCUACAAUAAAAUUGAAUAUAUUCAACCAGGUUCAUUUAUAGAUAAUUCGUUAAUGUUAAUAUUAGAUAUUUCUUAUAAUAAUUUAAAAACUAUAAACUAUGGCGUUUUUUCUGGUUUAAUAAAUCUAAAAGUUAUAAAUUUAUCAUAUAAUAGAAUAAAUACAUUAAAAAAUUAUCAUUUUUCUGAACUUUCUGACUUAAAUGAACUUAUUGUUGAUCAUAACGAAAUUGAUUACGUUGGUUUAGAAUAUUUUAAAAGAACAAAAUUAAAAAUAUUGAGUGUUGGAGAUAAUCCGAUAACUUGUGACAUUUUGUUCAGAAUAAAAAAAAAUCACGAUAGAGAUAUAAACAUAACUGCAAUAAAAUUUGAUUAUAACACUGAAAACGUGGAUGGUAUUACUUGUAAUAGAAAUCAAUUUAAUGGCAUUAAUUUUAAUGAAAUUGAAAAUACUAACAAAACACAAGAGUUACUAAAAGCAAUUUUACUAAAUUUGCCAUCGAAAAGUUCAGAAAGCAAGAGUCAAACAAUAUUACAGGAUAUAAGAGAAAGCAUUAAAAAUACAUCAUAUUUAAUGAUUGAAACAUUAAAAAGAAUGUCUAAUUUAACAAUUUCUUCCGAUAAGUUCGAAUUAAAACAAAACGAACGCCUAUUUGAGGCGACUUUAAAUCAAACAACGUCAAUUGAACACACUCAAAAUAAAACAAAUCAACUUCUUUAUAAAAUUAUAGAAAUAGCAAAUACAAUUAAACUACAGAACGCUGUUGAAUUAAAUCAAACACUCUAUACAUACUCUGUACGUACACCGAAAAAUUUGAAACUUGAUUUAGAUGAUAGUCUAACGGAAAUUCAAGACAAAAUUAAUCAACUGGAAGAUAAGAUUCGAAAUUUGAAUUCAAGAAUCAACAAAAACCUAACGGAAACAUUUGCUGUGACAACUAUGAAACCAAAUAAUGAAAAACUAUCAUCGGGUACUGAAAAUCUGUCAGAUAGAUAUAAGCCUUCGUCAUUCUUAUUUAUAGAAACAUGUGUGGCUUUAAUAUUAUUAAUACUUGUAUGUUUUAUUUUGUAUAAAUUUUACAAUUCCAAAUUAUUUAUGACUUCUCAUAGGACUCUGAGUAGAAGAGACAUGGUUGACUCCAUGGAAAAUACAAAUUUAUAAAAAUUUUCAUUUUACCUUUAAAGGGUCUUUGUCAAAAUACUGAUGAUUUUAUUGAUGGCUUUCAUCAGCUUGCAUCAGUUUUAAUGUAUAAAAUAUUACCUAUACUGUUUUUUUUCUUAUUUUCAUUGUUACAAGCAUAUAAAGUUUUUAGUUUUUUAGAAGGUACUUUUUUAAUCCAAAUCAAAUUAUAAUAAUAUAUAUAAAUUAUAGGCGCACACGAUCUAAGGGUUCCCAUUACGCUGGCUGCGUUACCACGCUGUACAGCGAGGGAGAUCCUCUGCAUCAAGUACGCCCCAGAGAGGUUGUCAUUGCCUCGCUCCCUAUCCCUUCGUUUAUUAGUUAGUUAUGCUAUUAUUAUGUACAAAUGAAUAAGAAGCACACCCUUAUAAGGGUGACUUGCACCAUACAGUAUAAAUAUGAUUUUUUGCUUUGACAGUAUAGAGUGUCAGAGUAAGUACCAAUUUCUCCAUGGUCGGUCGGAGCAUAACCAGAGAGUAGUGGUUGACUUUUGACACAUCUGUCAUGAAUUUUAUAUGGAGAUGACGUAUAAUUGAUGAAUGAUAACCGGUCGGUUAGAUAACCGACUAUGGUGAAGUUGGCACUAAGGCUGCAAAUUGCAAUAGAUAUAAAUAAUACGUUUAAAUAUUUGGUUUAAGUCUAAUUAGUAAUGAAUUUUAGGUAUUUUAUUACGGCAACUAGUUCUAUAGUGUAGUUCUUUACGAUCAAUUAAUGGUGCAUAGCAUAGGUACCUUGGUCUAGUCCAUAAGUGAUUUUUCUGUAAAAUUAAUCUUGUAGUCUAAAUUUAAAAUUGAAUUGUAAUAAGUAAAUAUAAUUGUGUUUAAUCUAUAA